GCGGGCUGGCUGGUGCGGAGUCGCUCCGGCAGCGGUCUUUGCUCCUUUGAAAGUGUAACUUUGGGUUGGUGUGUGAAGAGCAUCAGGAAUCGAACCAGUUAGGCCAAAUGCGCUAGAGGAAGACAGUUGCCUUGAAGAUGUUUCAACUGUGUUUUGCCAAGGGCAGGGUGGCCCUCCUGGCCCUCAAGCGGCUCUCAGUCUCCCCAGCUGCCUCCCAGAGCACCCAGCGUGUGGAAUACAAGCCCAUCAAGAAGGUGAUGGUGGCAAACAGAGGGGAGAUUGCCAUCCGGGUGUUCCGAGCAUGCACUGAACUGGGCAUCCGGACUGUGGCCGUGUACUCUGAGCAGGACACGGGUCAGAUGCACCGGCAGAAAGCAGACGAGGCUUACCUCAUUGGCCGGGGGCUUCCCCCUGUCCAGGCGUAUCUGCACAUUCCAGACAUCAUCAAAGUAGCCCAGGAGAAUGAAGUGGACGCUGUGCACCCUGGCUAUGGCUUUCUCUCAGAGCGAUCUGACUUUGCCCAGGCCUGCAUAGAGGCUGGAGUGCGCUUCAUUGGGCCCUCACCUGAAGUGGUGCGCAAGAUGGGUGACAAGGUAGAGGCCCGCGCCAUCGCCAUCUCUGCAGGAGUGCCUGUGGUUCCCGGGACGGAUGCCCCCAUCUCCUCUCUCAGCGAGGCUCAGGAGUUCUCCAACACGUACGGGUUCCCCAUCAUCUUCAAAGCGGCCUACGGUGGAGGAGGGCGUGGCAUGAGGGUCGUGCGCAGCUACGAGGAGCUGGAGGAAAACUACACCCGGGCAUAUUCUGAGGCACUUUCUGCAUUUGGGAAUGGGGCACUUUUUGUGGAGAAGUUUGUGGAGAAGCCAAGACACAUCGAAGUCCAGAUUUUGGGUGACAAGUAUGGAAAUGUGGUGCACCUGUAUGAGAGAGACUGCUCCAUCCAAAGGCGGCAUCAGAAGGUGGUGGAGAUAGCACCUGCCGCCCACCUGGACUCCCAACUGCGCUCCAAACUCACCAACGAUGCCGUCAAGCUGGCCAAACAGGUUGGCUAUGAAAACGCUGGCACGGUGGAGUUUUUGGUGGACAGGCACGGCAAGCAUUUCUUCAUUGAAGUCAAUUCCCGGCUUCAAGUAGAGCACACAGUGACUGAAGAAAUCACAGAUGUGGACCUCGUCCAUGCCCAGAUCCACAUCUCCGAGGGCAAAAGUCUCCCUGAGUUGGGCCUCAAGCAGGACAACGUGCGGAUCAACGGAUGUGCCAUUCAGUGCCGUGUGACCACCGAGGAUCCUGCCCGUGGCUUCCAGCCCGACACGGGCCGAAUUGAGGUGUUCCGGAGCGGCGAGGGCAUGGGCAUCCGCCUGGACAGUGCCUCUGCCUUUCAAGGGGCCGUCAUCUCCCCGCAUUACGACUCCCUCCUGGUGAAAGUCAUCGCUCACGGUAAAGACCACCCCACUGCAGCUUCCAAGAUGAGCCGGGCCCUGGCAGAAUUCCGGAUUCGUGGCGUCAAGACCAACAUCCCUUUCCUGCAGAAUGUACUUGGCAAUGAUCAGUUUCUCCGUGGCACCGUGGACACGCAGUUCAUUGAUGAGAAUCCUGACCUUUUCAAUUUGCGACCCGGCCAGAACCGAGCCCAGAAACUGCUUCACUACCUGGGCCACGUCAUGGUAAAUGGCCCCACCACACCCAUCCCAGUGAACGCCCGGCCCUCGCCCAUCGAUCCAGUUGUCCCUUCAGUUCCUCUGGGUCAACCACCAACAGGUUUCCGGGAUGUCCUUCUUCGUGAGGGCCCUUUGGGAUUUGCCAAAGCCAUUCGCCACCACCGGGGCUUGCUCUUGAUGGACACCACCUUCCGGGAUGCUCACCAGUCUCUGCUGGCCACCCGCGUCCGCACCCAUGACCUAAAGAGGAUCUCCCCGUUUGUGUCCCACAACUUCAGCAACCUCUUUAGCAUUGAGAACUGGGGAGGUGCCACCUUUGAUGUCGCCAUGCGCUUCCUGUAUGAGUGCCCUUGGCGUCGGCUGCAGGAGCUCCGAGAGCUCAUCCCCAACGUCCCAUUCCAGAUGCUGCUGAGAGGGGCCAAUGCUGUGGGUUACACCAACUACCCAGACAACUCUGUCUUCAAAUUCUGCCAAGUGGCCAAGGAGAACGGCAUGGACAUCUUCCGAGUAUUUGACUCCCUCAACUACCUCCCCAACAUGCUGCUGGGAAUGGAGGCAGCUGGGCAGGCCGGAGGUGUGGUGGAGGCAGCCAUCUCCUACACAGGGGAUGUGGCUGAUCCCAGCCGGACAAAGUACACCCUAGAUUAUUACAUCAACCUGGCUGAGGAGCUGGUCAAAGCUGGAACCCAUAUCUUGGCCAUCAAGGACAUGGCUGGCGUCCUGAAGCCACAGGCCUCCUCUCUGCUGGUGGGAGCACUGCGCCAACACUUCCCCAGCGUCCCCUUGCACAUCCACACCCAUGACACCUCCGGGGCUGGUGUGGCUUCCAUGCUGGCUUGUGCUGCCGCAGGGGCUGACAUUGUGGACGUCGCGGUGGAUGCCAUGUCUGGAAUGACCUCGCAACCAAGCAUGGGCGCCAUGGUGGCUUGCACCCGAGGAACAGAGCAUGACACAGGUAUCCAAAUGGAGAAAGUUUUUGACUACAGUGAAUACUGGGAGAUGGCUCGUGGCCUGUAUGCCUCUUUUGACUGCACAGCCACCAUGAAAUCUGGCAAUGCUGAUGUUUAUGAGAACGAGAUCCCUGGGGGUCAAUAUACCAACCUACACUUCCAGGCCCAUAGCAUGGGACUGGGGAACAAGUUUAAGGAGGUGAAGAAGGCCUAUGUGGAAGCUAACAAACUUCUUGGUGAUCUCAUCAAGGUGACACCUUCUUCCAAGAUCGUGGGUGACUUGGCACAGUUCAUGGUACAGAACAACCUGACGCGGGAGGAUGUGGAGGCUCAGGCGGACGAGCUCUCCUUCCCUCUCUCCGUCGUGGAGUUUCUGCAAGGCUGCAUUGGCAUCCCCUACGGGGGCUUCCCAGAGCCCCUCCGCUCCAAGGUGCUGAAAGACUUGCCCCGUAUUGAGGGCCGCCCAGGGGCUUCCUUGUCCCCCAUGGACUUUGUGAAGUUGGAGCAGGAGCUGUGUGAAAAGCAUGAAGAGAUCACCCCCGAGGACGUCCUCUCUGCUGCCAUGUAUCCAAAGGUCUUCAAGGACUUCAAGGACUUCACAGCCAGCUUUGGGCCUGUCGAAUGUCUCAACACACGUCUCUUCCUGGAGGGACCCAAGAUAGCGGAAGAGUUUGAGGUAGAGCUGGAACGCGGCAAAACCCUCCAUAUCAAAGCCUUGGCAUUGGGAGACUUAAACCGGGCCGGCCAGAGGGAAGUCUUCUUUGAACUUAAUGGGCAGCUGCGCUCCAUCCUAGUGAAGGACACAAAAGCUAUGAAGGAGAUGCAUUUCCACCCCAAAGCCCUGAAAGACGUCAAAGGCCAAGUUGGGGCCCCCAUGCCUGGGAAGGUGAUUGACAUCAAAGUGCAGGAAGGGGUGCCUAUUGAGAAGGGGCGGCCACUCUGCGUCCUGAGCGCAAUGAAGAUGGAGACGGUGGUCAACUCACCCUUGACUGGAACUGUCAAGAAAAUCUACGUCAAGCCAGAUAUGAAUUUGGAAGGAGAUGACCUUAUUCUGGAGAUUGAAUAGCCCUCCUGCUGCCGCCACAGACGCCAAAAAAGCCAUUGCUUCUCCCUCCUGUAUAGCCCCCUCUUCCUCCCGUGGUGUCAGCCACAGCUGGUUUAAAUCCCUCCAGGCUUCAUACCUUUUACUCACUGAAAUUUGUAAGGCUUUACCACCACACCACACCCUGCUUCUGCACUGUGACAUUUUCAAGAGGAUCAGCUGAAAGAAGCGAAAGAGGGUGGGGGUCAUUAAGCCUACAGGGUCCAGCUUAUGAGACAGAGGAGUAGUCCUGUUUGUUUGUUUGUUUGUUUGUUUGUUAAAGCUGCUCGUCUUCCUCCACCAAAGGAGGGAAGAGUUGGAGUCCAGGGAAGAGGACCAUUCCCUCCCUCUCACAUGAGCCCCCUCGUCCUCUGCUGCCCCCCUUUCCGGCUCCAAUGGACCAAUUUGGCAGGGCAAGGGGGUGAGAGGGAGCAUAGCCCCCAUCUCCUCCCUUUUCUGUGACUGCCUUCUGUUGCUGCAGUUCCCCACCCCCACCCCCAGUGACUUUUUCCUUUUCUCUGGCAGAUUCCCCUUUUCGCCUCAAACCCUCUUGCAAGGAUAAUUUCAGCUUCACCAUUGCCUAACUUUGUGGAGGUGGUGGGGGGAGCCCUUCCUUCUUGCAAAUUAUCCUUUUCCACCAUCCGCUUCCUUCCAUUUCAGUUGCUUUCUCCCAAACCCUAUUGCAAGGUGGGACCUUUCUUCCUGGGGGGGUGGGGGGAAGCAGAGGCUAAAUUUAAAGCCUCCCUCCCUUGAUUGUGAUGUACAAAGCAAUCUGAGUUAGGGGCACACAUUGUGUGUUGUUCACAGGGUUGUCCACCAAGGGUUAGGAGGUAAUGCAGCUCCCUCUUUCCACGCAUUGGUGAGGGAGCAAAGUGAAAUCACUGAGCAAAACUGUUUACCUGUCCCCACCGAGGAAUCAUGAGAUUAUUUGAGACUUGCAGGUGAAAUGUGAGGCCUAUGGAAACUUUAUUUGAAGCCCAGGGAGGGAAAUGAAGUGAAAUAUAUCUGUCUCAUAAAGAA